AUGGACAGUAAUAGCAGCGACUUGAUAGAAUAUCCACCUGGUCCAAUAAAGAUUGUACCCUCAUGGAACCCUGUCAAUAGACAGGAGAAACCACCUUAUUCUUAUGCAACCAUUAUUGGCCACGCUAUAUUAGCAAGUGUAGAAAGAAAGCUUACCUUACAUGAGAUCUACGUUUGGAUAACAGAAAACUAUCCUUUUUAUACAAACGAAUCUCAAGGCUGGCAGAACUCCAUAAGACAUAAUUUGUCUUUGCAUAAAUCUUUUGUAAAGAUAGAUCGCGAUGCAAAGGCCAACACUCCACCUCGAAAAGGUUGCUAUUGGACUAUC